AUGCAGGAAAAAACAAAAACCGCGGGCCCUAUACCCGGAAUUCUAGAGUCCACAACGGUUACUCCGAAAUACAACAAAUCCCAUUUAACAAGGUCGGUUGAGGCAUUAGCCGUCUUCCUUCAUAGUGUCAGUUUGACGCUUACUGCGUCUUGUUUUACAAUUUUAUGGUUAUUUUUACCGAUAUGGCCUAUUCUUUUGGUAUAUGUGGGAUGGUUGUUUUAUGAUGACGCUUUCGUGACAGCUAAGGGCCGUCAAAGUUUAUGGCUACGAGGAGCUGCUCCGUAUCAUUGGUUUUGCCAUUAUUUUCCCAUUCGUCUUCAUAAGACUGCGAAUCUUGACCCAAAAAGGAAUUACAUUUUUGGCUAUCAUCCUCAUGGAAUUCUAUCCCUUGGAGCCUUUGGUGGCUUUGUGACGGAAGGCGCCGAAUUUAGCAAACUGUUUCCGGGUAUAAACGUUUCUGUCUUGACUUUGAAUUCUAAUUUUUAUGUUCCCCUAUACCGGGAUUAUUUGCUUGCUUUGAACGUUAAUUCUGUUUCAAAGAAGUCUUGUGUCAAUAUUUUAUCUAGAGGUCCUGGCGAAAGUGUUGUUAUUGUCAUUGGGGGUGCACAGGAAUCGUUGUUAUCCCGUCCCGGGCAAAACAAUUUGGUAUUGAAGAAGAGAUUGGGCUUUGUCAAGUUGGCCUAUUUGACUGGCUCAAGUUUGGUUCCUUGCUUUGCUUUUGGCGAAUCUGAUAUUUUUGAACAAGUAAACAACAAUCCUGGAACUCGCAUCUACAAGUUUCAAGAAAUUAUAAAAAAAUUGGCUGGGUUUACUAUCCCCUUUUUCUAUGGCCGAGGAAUAUUAAAUAAAUCAUUUGGCUUAAUGCCCUGGAGAAAGCCAAUCAAUAUCGUCGUCGGAGAACCCUUGGAUUUGCCUAAGAAAUCAAAUCCGACAAGCCAAGAGCUUUAUGAAACUCAAGAAGAAUAUAUUCGCCGACUUGACGAACUUUGGAACAAGUAUAAAGAUGUAUUUGUUCCAGAAAGAGUAAAAGAGUUACAUUUGGCUGCUUAA